AGCAGAUGAGGCGGAAGGUCACCUGACGUGUGAAAGCAAAACAAAGUUGUGGACUGAAACCGCUUGACGUUCCACGGCCCACUGGUUCGCCCCUAAAUCAACACAACUGUUCUCCUCCAGAUCUAGAUGAUGUCCUAGGGUUGGAGGAGAGAGAUUGAUCAGGAUGGCUGGGAACGUGAAACAUGUCGUGAACAUGGCCAACUCCAUAGUCGGAGUGUCCAUUCUCUCCAUGCCUUAUUGUUUCAAGGAGACAGGUUUGGUGUUGGGGAUAUUGUUGGUGCUGCUGAGUGGACUGGUCACAAAGAAAACCUGCAUGUUCCUUAUUCGAUCGGCAAUCAUGGCACGCAGAAGAAGUUACGAAUUUCUCGCAUUCCACGUGUUUGGAGUGAGUGGAAAGUUGUUUGUAGAGCUGUGCAUGAUUCUCUUCCUCAUUGGGAUCUGCAUAUCCUUCCAUGUUGUGAUGGGUGACUUGGCACCAGCCAUUGUUGCCAGAUUAAUGGAUAUAGAAAAUUCGCCGUCGCUUCGCUGCACUCUUCUCAUUGGAAUAUCAUUACUGGUGGUGUUACCGUUGUGUUUACUGCGUAACCUGGACAGCCUAGCAUCCAUGUCAGCCUGUUCAAUUGGGUUCUACUUCUUGCUCAUCCUUGUUAUCUUGUAUCAUGCCUUUUCUAAAUUGAUGGAUGGGUCGUGGUACCACAUGGCUGAACUGUUUCGACCAUCGGGGGCUCUCCAUGUUCUUCCCAUCUGCAUGCUUGGUCUGUCUUGUCAAAGUAAUGUGUUUGAGAUUUAUGACUCCAUACCAGAUCCUGACGUUCCCAAGAUGAGAUCAGUGGUUAAUCAUGCUGUCAAUCUCUGCUGUGCUCUCUACAUAUCUGUUGGCUUCUUGGGAUAUGUGGCCUUUGUUGAUCAAGAUUUGGCUGGCAACGUCAUCCUCAGCUUCCCGAACUCUCAGAUGACAGAAGGGAUUAAGGUGUUCUUCACAGUGUCCUUGGCUAUAAGCUUCCCAUUAAUGAUUUUCCCGUGUCGGACAUCGAUCCACUCGCUUCUAUACCGCAGACUGCACGUGCAAAUUGAUGCUUAUAGCAGUGUUUCGCAAGAGAAUAAUCCAUCUAGUUUUGACUUGGUAGGGAAUUACAUGCCAGAGUCACGCUUCAAGGGCAUCACUAUUGGCAUCUUGACCACUAGUUUGAUUGUGGGCAUCCUCAUCCCAAAUAUUGAGUUUGUGUUGGGGCUUCUCGGGUCAACGAUGGGGAUGCUGAUUGCGCUCAUUCUUCCUUCACUCCUCUUUAUUAGAGUCAACUCCAAGGCCUCGGCAGAACGACUUCUUGCUCAGGGUAUCAUGUUAGUUGGUGUAGUGCUGAUAGUUACCGGGACAUACCUCACCUUGGCCCACAUCAACCAAGUCCAGACGGAACCGCAAGUGCCAGUCGUCAAAGACUUGGUCAAGAAUGGCAUUGAUCCUAACCUACCAAAUAUUGAAAGAAACGUAGCUGAUGAGGGGAAAGUUGGAGCAGAGGCUCGUAUUGGUGACUCGGCUACAAGGAGAGAACCCGUUGCCCCCGAACCUCCACCUGAAGGGAUUGAAAGGAAGGAUGAGCCAGAUGAUGCCAAUCAGGUUUUGAAAGCUCAAGACAAAACAGCAGACUUGAAGGAAACUAAAGAUGAGAAAGAAAAUGUUGCUAACUUAAAUAAAAUGGAGGUAAAAGAAGUGAUUGGUGAUCAGCAAAAGUUAGAGAAUGUAAGAGAUGAGAAAAAUGGAGGAGAUACUCUGCACCCAGAUGCUAUUAAAAAGGAAGAGAAAGUCAAUAAAGAAGAAGGAAAUGAAAUUAAGGAAGUGGAAAAGAAACAGGCUGAGUUACUGGAAAUAAUUGAGGUGCAAUUCAAAGAACAGAAGAAAAUCAUAGCGGAACAGAAGCAAAUUCUUCAAGAACUCAAAGACCAAAAAGCAAUGCAAAAGCCAGAAGUGAAAAUUCAAGAUGACAGUGGUAGAGUUGCGGCAGAUGUGAAACCUGCUGCCGAAAUCUCCAAUGUUAAUCUUGCAGCUGUACAUCCUGAAGGUGAAAAUCUUGGUGAAUCGGCAGUUAUAAAUUCUGACAAGAAAUCUGGUUCUGGAAAUAUUGUUGUGGCGCCUCUGAACCCCGAAGUUGCCAACCCUGCUGCUGGUAAUCCCGGAGCUGUGGCCCAGGUCAAAGAGAAUUUGGGUCCGUCUGUGCUUAGGGCUGGGAAUAAUGUACCAAAAGACGUUUUGGAGCCAGCUGUAUUUUCAAAGAAUGUUCCUGCAGGAGAGUUGAACAAAAUAAUUGCUCCACCAGCACAGGAAAAUCAAGCCCAACUACCAGGUAAGGUAAUUCCUCAGCAAAGUUUUAACUAUAAGGUAAAAGAAGCAAAGGAUAUUAAAAUAUCCCUUCCAAAUUAUCCCAUUAGUGGCAAUCACAUGCCAGAUGCUGGUUCUCUCGUAAAUAUUGCAAUUAAUCCCGAAAAUUCAGCAAACAAAGUUCGACCAGCAGCUUUAGUGAGCCAUGACAAUGAACAAGCUAUGGACCAUGAUGUAGGCAAGCUUCAAGAGAAACUCCCACCUGCUGGUCAGCCCCCACUCCCAGAUCAGUCACAACCUGUACUCGCAGGAGUUAAGUCACACGUAAAGCUCGGGGACCUAGCACCACAAGAUCAGCUGUCUGCUUAUCAGCCAAAGAAUGAAGGCCCAGCUCUGGGACCUCAGUCACAGGAUAAACUUAAAGUUUCUGUAUAUCAGUUAAAGAAUACUCCGGAUGUUGUUCCCAAGGAAGAAUCACUGUUGCAACAGGGAAGAGAUAUUCCUCAAGCAGUGGAUAUCAAGAAAGCACCUAUUCCUAAAGGUAACAAUAAGCAAGCAAACAUAGGAAGACCAAGUGCAAUGCCAGAUACUAUACCAAAAAUGGAAAAUCAUGGAUUACUAUCGGUUAAUAAUAAGGAAAAUAUUUUGCCAUCUGAAAAUGGGAAGAAAACAAAUCACGAUGAGGAAAGACGAAAACGUCAGGCUGACACUAAUUACUUUGUUGAUCUUCCAGAAGUUGAUCUGAAUAAAGAGAUAAAGCCACUUGACACAGUGGAUGUAGCUUAUGACACCCGCCACCUCCUGUGGAACAGUCGAUCAAGGAGGAAAAGGAGAAGGAAUGACAGGGGAAGGGAGGAUGACUAUUAUUGGGAUGAAACAUAAUGUGUAAUUAUUAUAUGCUUUCUAAAUUACAAAAGUCUUUAGUUAAUCAAUGUAAAUAUUAUCCUUUAUUCAAUUUAUUUGUUUAUUUAACAUUGUAUACUUGGUUCAAAGUUAAUAUAUAUAAAAUAUAUAGUAAUAUUAAGAUAAGUGGUAAAUUAAGUAUACAUCUAAAACAGUUUAAAUGAACAGUGUAUGAGAAUCUUUGGAGCAGAGAAGUUGAAUCCAACUCACAUCCUAGGUCACCGCAGAUGCACACAUUACCUAUUGGACCAUGAUGUGCUAAUAGCAACACAACUUCAAGUCCACCCGAACUUACAAGAUGUUUGAAAGCACCCAGCUGGUAUUGAAUCCAUUUUUUACAUGUUGUCUGUAUACACACUGUAGGUAAUGAAACUCUCCACCACUUAAUCCCAUCAAAUACGCAAUGUAAUCACACUAGCAUGAUCUUCUCGGAUAUUACACUAUUGUGAUUUCACUGUAAACAGUAUAUUUAUUAUUAGGUCACCAGCUAGUACUUUUUCUGUUACAAAUAAGCAAUAUAACACUUAAUAUUUAUACACAAUUUGCACUGUACUCGUCUAGUUGUACUUGCCUAAUGGUGCUUGUGGGGGGGAUGAGCUCUGGCUCUUUGGUCCUGCCUCUCAACUCUCAAUCAACUGGUAUGACUACCGGUGCAUUUUAUUUAAUAAUCCAAUUCAUUAGCACUGAAAAACGCACACGUGUCUUGCCAGUUCACUCCAGAACAUAAUUUAAUUGGGUUAAAGUGAGUGAAAGACUUAUCCUGCCUUCAAAUUUUAUGCAUUCUUUUUAUUCAGUAUUAUGUUAUGGAUGAAACUCUGGUUGUAAUAAUAAUUAUUUAAGUAAAAGUACACUUUGCUGUAAAAAUA